AAUGCGCGCAUCAAAUCCUCGCCCGUAAACUCUCUCUCUCUCUGUUUCUCUCUCUAACCUCCGCUUCGUUUCCUUCUUCGAUCUCUCUCCUCCGCGCGUGUGGUGCGGUCGCAACCCGGCGUUCCCCCGCCCGAGCUCCCUCCUCCGCCGCGCGGCGGGAACGUCAGCCGCGGCGAUGGCGGCGGAGAUGGAGGUGGAUCAGCUGACCUCGGGCGCCAGCAAUCGCAUCAUCCCGAUCCUCCGGGCGCUGAAGGUCUCCCUCGCGUUCGUCUACGGCCUCCUCUUCUCCCUCCUCCUCCGCCGGCGCAACAACAACCACCAACACCACCACCACGGCCGGCUCUCCCCGCCGUCGCACUCCAAGCUCAGGCGGCGGGAGGAGGAGGAGGAUACCGAGAGGAGGAGGGCGCUCGCCGAAGGGGUCGAGAUGGGUUGCCAGGACGACGGCUGCGUCCGCGCGUGCCGAUGGAGCACGUGCCUGUUUUACGGCGUUCGGAGGAACGCGCUCUUUAGCAGGUCGUGGUUCCCAGCGACCGGUGAAGUCAGGGGGAUAUUGGUCAUUAUUCAUGGGCUUAAUGAGCACAGCGGAAGAUAUGCCCAUUUUGCAAAACAACUAACAUCCUGCAACUAUGGUGUUUAUGCAAUGGACUGGAUCGGUCAUGGGGGCAGCGACGGGUUGCAUGGGUAUGUUCCUUCACUAGAUCAUGUUGUUGCUGACACCGGGGCCUUCUUGGAAAAGAUCAAAUCAGACAACCCUGGUAUACCAUGCUUCCUUUUUGGUCACUCUACAGGAGGGGCGGUGGUUUUGAAGUCUGCAUGUGUCCUUGAACAGGCCGCUUCAUAUCCUCAUAUUGAAGAUAUGCUGGAAGGAAUUAUAUUAACCUCACCAGCUUUACGUGUGAAACCUGCACACCCGAUUGUUGGGGCUGUGGCUCCUCUAUUUUCUCUAGUCGCACCAAGGUUCCAGUUUAAAGGUGCUAACAAAAGGGGAAUCCCUGUGACAAGAGAUCCUGUGGCUCUAUUAGCCAAAUACUCUGAUCCAUUAGUCUACACUGGACCCAUCAGGGUCAGAACGGGCCACGAAAUUUUAAGGAUAUCCUCUUAUCUGAUGCGGAACAUUAAGUCCAUUACUGUUCCAUUCUUUGUUCUUCAUGGAACCGCAGAUAGGGUCACUGAUCCACUGGCCUCCCAGGAUUUGUACAAUGAAGCAGCGUCCAAGUUUAAGGACAUUAAGCUCUAUGAAGGAUUCUUGCAUGAUCUUCUGUUUGAGCCUGAGAGGGACGAGAUCGGUCAGGACAUAAUUAACUGGAUGGAAAGGAAAUUAGGUACUGGUUCCGAGGAGAUUAGAGUUUGGUAAAUCUCUUGCCCACUUAAACAAGGGCCAAAAUCUCAGGGUAUUUGAAGCUGGUUGAUUACCGUAGGUGUCUAUAUUCUGUCUAAGGGUCUUUUACAUGUAUGUAUGGCAUGUUUUGCCAACGAAACUGUAUCUUGUAAUGUAUGGCAUUUGAAACUGUAUCUAGUACUUUAGAAAUAUAUAUGUGGCUCAGCAUUGUUGAAAGAGAA